UUGGAAUCAACCAAUGAAAACUCAGUACUGUGCGAGUCUUCAUUUGCAUGUAGGCUCUAUAAGAAGCGCGCAGCUAACUCGGCUGCAUUCGCGGUUGGUUCCAUUGGUGAGUGGUCUUCUUCUUCGCCGAAAUGCCGGAUCCUGCGAAAUCUGCUCCUGCUCCUAAGAAGGGCUCUAAAAAAGCUGUUACGAAAGUGCAGAAGAAGGAUGGCAAGAAACGCAAGCGCAGCCGAAAGGAGAGCUAUUCUGUGUACGUGUACAAAGUGCUGAAACAAGUUCACCCGGAUACCGGCAUCUCGUCCAAGGCCAUGGGCAUCAUGAAUUCCUUCGUCAACGACAUCUUCGAGCGCAUCGCUGGUGAGGCCUCUCGUCUUGCGCAUUACAACAAGCGCUCGACCAUCACCUCCCGGGAAAUCCAGACGGCCGUACGCCUCCUGCUGCCGGGCGAGCUGGCUAAGCACGCCGUGUCCGAGGGCACUAAAGCGGUCACCAAGUACACCAGCUCGAAGUAAUAGUGCACAGGAAGCAACACAACAGCUACUUUUUACCCCAAAGGCUCUUUUCAGAGCCACUUCAAUUACAAGAAGUGGCUGUAAACGCUGGUGAGAUUGGCUUUGUUCUGCCCUUCCAGAAGAAGUUACAGCCAGACUCCACCCGACUGCUGUGUCACUGGGGAUCCUGUCAAUACCUCCUCCAAGUUAAAUUAUCUUCUCAGAGCACCGCCUGUGGAAAAUUUAUUUCUCCAGAAUGUGUAGACCAAUUAUUUCUAGCAUUUCUUAGAGAUAUUUUACCUCCAGGAACUCACAUAACACGUUUGUGAAUCUCUCCCUUUAACAUACGGUCCCUCUCCACAAUUUAUUUUCUAUCCUCUCUAAGGGUUAAGGAGUACUAUGUGCUUACUGUGAUAGGAGGUGAGAGGGGAAGGCAGGGAGAUGAGCUAUUUACCUGGUGGGGAUUUUGACCCCAUAUUUAGAAAUGAAGCAAGAAAUGAGGACUAAAGGAAGGACAGCAAACAAUUCCGCUAGUUCCCAUUUUACUGCUAGGGUGCAUUUACAAAGAAGUUUGAACCUAAAGAACAACCUUAUUAUGGAGGCCCAGAGUUUCAGCUUCCAGCAUUUUUUUUUUUUUUGACAUCCUGCCAAGCUUAAUAUAUAGUUCUCUUAGGGUCUUUCAGUUUUUACACUAUUAUAACAAUGAGGCUGAUAAUAAUUCUUAAGCUCCUAACAAUACCACUUACAGUAACUCACAAAAAUGAUGAAGCUGGAAACCCACAAAAUGAACAAAAUUUCUAGAAAGAAAAUUGUAACUUGUGAGAUAUUAACAAUGAUAUAAAUAAUGGAGUUAUGUCAUGUUCAUGAAUGACAAGAGUCAAUAUUGUAAUGAUGAUCCCUCCUUCCAAAGAUACAGACUUAAUGCAAUUCCAUUCCAAAUCCAAUAUUACAAGAGAAUUUGAUAUAGUUGACCAUUCCUUCUUGAGACACUCCAUUUCUUCUGCCUCAUCAGCAAUUCUUCAACAUCCUUUGCUGCUAAAUCAUUUACACAUCCUUUAAGAUUUGCAUGUUCUAGGGUACAGCCUUAGACCAUUUUUCUGUUUUCUAUCUGUACUUUCUGUUUUUAUUGUCUCUUCUCUUUUGUCUAUGACUCUGAAUACCACAUAUAUGAUUCUCAAAUUUUUAUCUCUAGUGCAGGAUUCUUCCUUGAGCAACUUAAAUGUCAAAUAGGAAUCUUACAUGUCCAAUAUAAGACUUUUGCUUAUUGCUAA